UCCCCCAGGGCCCGCAGAGCAGCUCCGGGCCCGUUGGGUGCCUCGGCGGCUCCUGCUUUUCCUUUGGGCUUUGCCCUGUGGGUUCACGGGGGGACGCGGGAGGCGGGCGAGGGGCGCCCGGGCUCGGGCCGGCGCCUCAGGCGAGGCCGCAGCGUUGGAGCCUUUGUUUAAAUUGCUGGCUGGCUGUAACCGGGCUUAGCAACGGGCCAGGGCUGGGGUAGCACAGCCUCUGCAUACUGGGCCUCACCGCAGUCCCUGGGUAGCUCCAUUUAAAUGGUGUAUUUUGCAGAGAGAAGCUACUUUAACGUUGUUUCUGCCCCGUGAAUCUCUCGUUAAAAAGUUAUUUAUUUUUUUUUUUUUACUCAGGCAUGUUUUCUGUUGAAAUUAUUAUUUUUUAAAAAUUAAUCCUUGCAGGUGUUUUUUUUCACCAGUACUUUGACAGGGCGUAUCUAAUGAUUUCACUGAGAUGAUGAGGGCACUGGGGUAUCCCCGACUGAUAUCUAUGGAGAAUUUCCAUACCCCAAACUUCAUGCUUGUUUCAGAAGUGCUCCUCUGGCUGGUGAAAAGGUAUGAACCUCAGACUGAUAUUCCUCCUGAUGUGGAGACAGAACAGGACCGGGUUUUCUUCAUUAAGGCAGUGGCUCAGUUCAUGGCUACCAAAGCUCACAUAAAGCUCAACACUAAGAGGCUUUACCAGGCAGAUGGCUAUGCAGUGAAGGAACUGCUGAAGGUCACCUCUGUGCUUUAUGGUGCUAUGAAUACCAAGGGCGUGGAACGUGCAGACGUGAGUGAGGAAGACAGCAGCAAGUUCAAGUUUGAUCUUGGCUCAAAAAUUGCUGACUUGAAGGCAGCUAGACAGCUUGCUUCUGAAAUCACCUCCAAAGGAGCAAGUCUGUAUGACUUACUUGGCAAAGAAGUUGAACUAAGGGAAGCAAGAACAGAAUCUAUUGCCAGACCUUUGGAGAUAAAUGAGGCUGAGAAGAUGAUGAAAGUUGCCAUUGACUGUGUUCUGGAACAAGUCCAGAAGACUAAAGACAUGUUGAGUAAUGUGGCUUUGGAUGAAGCCAAUUUGGAAGCCAAGAUUGAAAAACGAAAAUUGGAACUGGAAAGAAGCCAGAAGAGGCUACAGACUCUACAAAGUGUUCGUCCUGCUUUUAUGGAUGAGUAUGAGAAGAUUGAGGAGCAACUGCAGAAACAAUACAGUAGUUACCUAGAAAAAUUCCGUAAUCUGACCUACAUGGAGCAGCUCCUGGAUGAUCAUCGACGGACAGAGCAAGAGAUGUUUGAGGAAGCAGCAAACAUGCUACGUCUCACCCAGAACAGGCUGAAGGAAGAGGAACAGCACCUGCUUAAGAGUGGAAAUAAUGAUGAUUCCGAUGUAGAGAUUCAAGAGGAUGAAGGAUCUGACAGUGAAGUGGAAGACAGGCAAAUCAUGAAGCGGCGCACCACCAUGCAAACACUACUGCAAGGAAGAGCUGGCGCACGGAUCGUGGGAACAAUGCAAGGUGGAGACACGGAGGAAGAUGGGAGAUCUGCCCCAGCACGGCCAGGCACGCGCGAGGUCAUCGCUGAGGCACAGGAGGACUCGGGGGAUAGUGAGAUUGACCUGGAUGAAGAUGAAGAGGAGGAGGAGGAUGAAAUGGAAGAUGACAGCAUGGAAAUCUCCCCAAGCAAAUCUGGUCACCGAGCAAGGAAGCCGGAGCCACUAGAGGAAAGCGAUAAUGACUUCUGACCCUUUUAGUAGCAGGACCAGGAAGCAUCUUGAAAUACAAAUUUUGGAGAGUGUGCAGGCCGGGAGUUCAUACCCUGCCAUCUGAAAAAUGCUUGUCAGCAUGAAUUCAGGAGUCAGCAAAUAACGUUCAUUAAACUUGAAAAUUAAACUUGGA